AUGCUCGCUUCCCGCUGGGCCAAGUCGGAGGCUGCGUCCGACCAGCUGGACUCAGCCGCAUCGCCGCCACCACCGCCGCAGACGCAUUCCACGACCGCGUCGGCACCAGAUCCCGCCAAGGACGGCGACAGCGCAUCCGCAUCCGCGCAACAACAGCAGUCCACCAUAACGAACAGCAACGGCGACGAUGCCGCGACCACUAUUGCUACUACUACGCAGCCGCACACGGUCGACACCGCCGCCGCAGCUGCUGCCGCUCCCGUCACGGGCGGCGGACUCUACAGCCCCGACCCCAUGGUAGACGAGUUCGCGCAGACGCGCGAGGACGACGACCUGUUCGACGACGACUUCACGCCGGUGGCCGGGGAGCCGGUCGUGGAGCUGAUCGUGCCGGCCGUCGACGACGACGACGACGACGACGAACACGCAGUAGGAGGAGGAAGGGACGAGGACGACGAGGACGACGACAACGGCGCGCACGAGCACGAGCUCGAGCACGAGCACGAGGAGGAGGCGGCGACGGCAGCGCAAGCGCAUCCGCAAAUACCGUCGUCACAACCCGCGGCUGCCGCUGUUGGCGAAGCUGCUGUUGCGGCGCCGCCGCAUGACGAUGAUGCGGUGGCGCCGGAAGCUGAUGCCACCGCGGCUGCUGCUGCUGCUGUUGCGGUCGAAGCAUCGCCGGCGCCUCCACCGCAGCAGCAGGCGGUGCGGAAGCAAGAGCAGACGAAUGCACACCAGCAGCAGCACCAGGCGCGAGCACAGCAACACCAACAACAACAAGGUGCUGGAAGGAACAAUGUGAGGGGCGGACGCGGUGGCGGCCGCGGUGGCAAUCAAAGGAAUAGGGGCGGGUUGCUGGGCGCGUCGCAGCAUGCGCCGGAUAACAGGAAGCCGGGUGCCGCGCCCAAUGCACAGCAGCAGCGGCGGCAACAACAACAGCAGCAGCAGCAGCAGCAGCAGCAGCAGCAGCAGCCACAGCAGAAAGAGGCGAACGGGGAGGCUCCGGCGAAGAACGAGCACGAAGAGGGUGAGGGUGCGGGCGCGGAGGGAGCUCUGGAAAAGGAGCCGCCUAAAGGACCGAAGAAGGAUGGUGCUGUAAGAGGCGAUAGGAGUGCUACGGGCGGUUUGAAGAAGGCCAAGCUCACCGAAGAAGAGCUCGCGGAGCGCAUGUCGGCCAUCAAGCUCAAGAACGCGUCGCUCGCGGCGGCGCACGCGCGCGCCGAGGCGGACCAGGCGCGCUUCGAGGAGCGCGAGGCCGAGGCCGCGGCAAAGGCCCGCGCCCGCGCCAAGCACGAGCGCCAGAACCGCCAGCAGAUGAUGGGCGAGCGCGAGCGCAACCGCCAGCGCAAGCUCAACGCCCUCUCGGGCCGCGAGUGGGACGCCGAGAAGGAGGUCGAAGGCUUUGGCGGCGGCGCCGGCACGACGGGCGGCACCGGCACCGGCAACAGCCACGACCGCAACGGCCGCCAGGCCAGGCGCGGCGCUUACGGCGGCGUCACCGGCCCUGCAACCGCUACGCGCAGCUCGUCGUCGAGGCGCGGCGGAGGAGCGGAGGCCGCGGACGACGCCGAGGACGGCUUCGCGGACGGCUGGGCCAACGGGCCCGUCCCACACGCUCCUUCGGGUGGCGGCAGCGGCGGCCGGAGUAGCUCAAGGCGGGGCGGCGGCGGCGGCGGUGGUAGGCGGGGCGGAGGGGCAGGGAGGGGCGGCGGCGGCGGCGGCGGACGUGGAAGCGACCACCACCAUGGCGGCGGAGCAGGAGGUGGUGGUGGACGCAGGGUGUCGUCAUCCUCUCACGCGCCCGCGGGAGAUCAACAACACCACCAGCAACAACGGAGUCAUCCUCCUGCCGCCGCGGACUUCCCCGACCUCCCCGCCGCGGCGUCGGCUGCCUCCUCCCCCUCGUCGUCGUCCAAUAACGCUGCCGCGGCCGCCCCACAGCUUUCGUUCCCGAACAAGAAGACCAUGGCGGCUGCUGCCGCUGCGGCUACCGCUUCCACGCCGUCGACGGAUGCGACUAAUGGCGCCGCCGGCGACGGGGAUAGGCCCGAUCCGCCCAAGCGGGUUGAGAGCUUCGGGCUCAGUGCCGUGUUGGGGCCGGAGACGGGCGAGAAGAAGAGCUGGGCUGAUCAGGUGGAUGAGUGA